AUGGGCUUUAUUGAUGAGAAUGAUCUGCCUGACCGUAACCAGCCUAAUGGCGUUGCAGAGUUGUCGCGUCCGGUGGAUAGCGACGGCUUCCGCUGCUUCCAUGCCACUGAUCUUGCGCCCGAGGUGUCGACACCUACGGGUAUGAAGGAAGAUGUUGUGCUUCUUGCGUGGCUGAUUGUGCUCAUGAGAACACGAGAAGGUACCUUGCCUCGCUUUGAAUGGGCGUACAACAGUCGCUCCGAUGCCGACGUUAAGUCCGUUCACAACCAAUUGCCCACUGAGAAUGUGGUGCCGGGACUGGAUAGUAGCGUUGAGCAGAUUGCGACGGCUAUUUCGCAAUACAUUAAAUCAACAACCCCGGUGGAGCUGGGUGAUGCACCGAAUUCAGCGUCACUCAUUUUGAGCUCCGGUUCAUUAACAUACGAUGCGGAAGCCAACGAAGAAGGAGCAAUGCACUUCGAAGUCCGCUUUGAGCACGAUCAACUCCACAUCCGCCCAGUAUGGCAGACCGACAACAUGCUACAGCAUACCGUUAAACACACUGUGGAGCAGUUCGCAGACACAAUUAAAGCCUGCCUCUUAAACCCGGGCGCAACUAUCGAGCAGAGCUUGAAACCGGUUGCAUGCGACAUUGAGGAAAUCUGGCGCCUGAAUCAUGAGCUUCCCCCCUUAUACAGCUUCGGAACACAUGAGCUUUUCUCCGAACGAGCCAAACAAAUCCCCGACAAGGUCGCGAUUGAUUCAUGGGAUGGCCAAUUAACAUACGGCGAGAUCGAACAAUGGUCUUCCUACACUGCAUGGAAGCUCAAAGAAGAAAUGGGCGUCCAGCUAAACGAUGUCUUACCUGUGUGCUUCGAAAAGUCCAAAUGGACAAUCGUUGCAGUCCUUGCCGUUAUGAAAGUAGGCGCAACCUUUGCGCUCAUGGAUCCCACUCUCCCCCUUGCUCGACUACAGAAUAUGGCAAAGCAAGUGGGCGCAAAGGCAAUGGUGUCAUCCCGUAACCAACAUGAGUUCUCAGCAGAAAUCAUGCCCAGUGAUAAGAUUUUUAUUGUGGAGGCCGACGCCUUCGCAAACCUCUCCAGGACCGAGGUCAUUGCUGCAUUGCCGACUGUCCCUCCACAAACUUUAAUGUACAUCAUCUUCACAUCUGGAAGUACCGGUACUCCGAAGGGCGUGACAAUCUCGCAUGAAACCUAUACCAGCAGCUGCAUUCCGCGAUCCGAGGCAGUUGGCUACAAGGAAGACUCACGUGUUCUCGAUUUCGCAUCUUACGCUUUUGAUGUCAGUAUCGAUAGCAUGCUUUGCACUCUGACUAAGGGUGGUACCCUCUGCAUUCCGUCAGAUGAGGACCGCCUGAAUGACAUCAAUGAAGUGAUCCGGAACAUGAAAAUCAAUUAUGCCGGCAUGACACCGUCUGUGGCCCGUAUCCUAGACCCUGAUGUGAUCAAAUCGCUUACAAACGGUCUUGGUCUGGGUGGAGAGGCUGUGCCAGCAAGAGAUGCCAACAUCUGGGGCCAAGAUGCCCGUAUCAUCAUUGGAUACGGUCCUUGUGAAUGUACUAUUGGAUGUACUAUCAACAGCAGUGCUGCCACUGGCAGAGAUUACCUCUCAAUUGGACCCGGUAAUGGUGCAGCCAUGUGGAUCGUCGAUCCAAAUGAUCAUGAUCAGCUCAUGCCCAUCGGUGCUGUUGGUGAAUUACUUGUUGAGGGACCGAUCGUUGGACAGGGAUACUUAGGCGAUCCAGAGAAGACCGCCUCUGUAUUCAUUGAAAGCCCUCCUUGGCUCGCUGCCGGCUACAAGUGCCAUCCUGGUCGCAAGAGCCGUCUUUACAAGACUGGUGAUCUCGGAAGAUAUGACCCCGAUGGAUCUGGUGGCAUUGUUUUCGCCGGACGAAAAGACACCCAGGUGAAAUUGCGCGGUCAACGUGUUGAACUUGGGGAGAUUGAGAGUCAACUUCGUGCUAUUCUACCUACAGAUUCCAACGUCAUUGCCGAGGUUAUCGUGCCCCAGGGAACAGGGGGUCAAGCAACUCUCAUUGCAUUUGUGACCACCCCCUCAAUGAAGGAUCAGGGUGGCCCUGGUGUCACCUCGGCGGAGCCUUCUGAUGACCUGCGCGAGAUCCUGCCCAACCUCAGUACAGAGCUCGCCAAGGUCGUUCCGCGGUACAUGGUGCCCACAGCAUACAUCCCGGUCAACGAAAUUCCAGUUUUGAUUUCCGGCAAAACAGACCGCAAGCAGCUUAGAGCAUUCGGAGCUACUAUCGACCUGCGCCAAUUGGACUCUGGCAACGAAGCUAUGGCCAACCGUGAGUUGAGCGAUCUGGAAAAGCAUUUACGCGAUGUCUGGGCUCAAACUCUCAAACUCGAUGCGGAAGGCAUCAAGCCCAAUGAUAACUUCUUUGCUCUGGGUGGUGACUCUGUCGCAGCAAUGAAACUUGUCUCCGUCUGUCGGUCCCAAGGCCUUGAUCUCUCUGUCACUGGCAUGUUCGGCAACCCUUCACUUGCUGCAAUGGCUAGUGUUGUUGAGAUAUUGGAUGGUGGAGCGGCGAUACAGACUGAGGCACCUGCAUUCUCGAUGAUCUCCCAACCUGCUGCGAGUGCCUGCGCUGAGGCCUCUGAAGUUUAUGGAUUCAAGAAGACUGCUAUUGAAGAUAUCUACCCUUGCACACCCACUCAAGAGUCGCUGUUCACGUUCUCUCUAAAGUCCGUCAAGCCAUAUGUCGCCCAGCGGGUCGCGACUAUCCCAUCCAAUAUUGAGGUCACUGCUUGGAAGGCCGCUUGGGAGAAGGUUGUCACCAACAGCCCCAUCCUGCGCACACGUCUAGCUCAGCUUCAGGAACCCGGCCUCCAGCAAGUUGUACUGCAGGACACCAUCUAUUGGAGAAACUCAGAUAAUCUCGAAGCCUACCUUGAAAAAGAUCGAAAUGACAGAAUGCAACUUGGAGACCGUCUUGCCCGGUAUGCUAUUGUCGAAGACAAUGGUAAGAGAUACAUGGUCUGGACAAUCCACCACGUCGUCUACGACGGAUGGUCUGAGCCGUUGGUUCUGCACCAGGUCAGCAACGCUCUGAAAUAUCAGCCCGUGAAUAUCCAGACUCAGAUGCGAGAGUUUGUGAGGUGGGUAAAGGAUACCGACGAGAGCGCCAUGGAAGAGUUCUGGCGACGAGAGUUGAAGAAUGCUGUCGGUCCCCAAUUCCCUCGUCUCCCUUCAAGAGAUUUCGUCCCACAUCCCGAUGGCAACGUUGAGCACUCUGUUUCAGUCCAGACAGGCGCCGGAUAUCCGUUUACUCUGGCUACCUUGAUCCGCGGUGCCUGGGCUCUUGUUUCGUCUCAAUACUCGGGAAGCGACGAUGUCGUUUUCGGCGAGACUCUUACCGGUCGCGAUAUCUCUCUCCCUGGAGUCGAGGGUAUUGUUGGACCGCUGAUCGCCACUGUCCCAGUGCGCAUCCGCAUCAACCGACAAACCACCAUCGAGUCCUUCCUCCAGGCCGUUCAAUCCGGAGUGCUUGCUCGCAGCCCAUACCAGCAUAUGGGUAUGCAGAACAUCCGCAAGGUUAGCCGCGACGCCCAGCAUGCAUGCGAAGCUCCCACCGGCUUGGUCAUCCAGCCCGAUCCCGACUCCGCUGCGGUGGGUGAGCUCGGCUUCGCGCUUGGUGAUGUUGUUCGUGAAGCUCUACACUUUAACCCCUACCCCCUGAUGAUCGGUUGUGGAAUUCGAAAGGGCGGUUUCAGAAUCCGCGCCAACUUUGACAGUACGCUGAUUCAGGCUCCGCAAAUGAAGCGUGUCCUUGCGCAGAUGGAGGCCGCUUGCUUCCAGUUAACUCGUAAUUUGUCUAGGAGGCUGGAUGAGAUUUCUUGCAUUCCUUCGACGGAGCUGAACCAGAUUUGGCAAUGGAAUGAGACUCCGCCUUUGUCGCUUGAUGAGUCUACUCAUACGCUUCGUGCUAAUUCGAGCAUCAAGGCAGGAUCCUCGUAUCCUAGUGCUGUCGUGCCUUGGGUGGUUGAUGUUCGGAACUCUUCGCUUCUCUCGCCUAUUGGCUGUGUUGGUGAGCUUUGGCUAGAAGGGGCUAUCCUUUCCGGAGAGACUGUUGACUCUCCAGCGUGGCUUGUGGCUGGAAGCUCGGCCUGUGGUGGCCGUGCAGGCAAGGUCCAGCCUACAGGAGACAUUGUUCGACUGCAAGAGGAUGGCACCUUGGUAUUUGUCGGUCGUAAAGAGAACCUCCUCCCAGUUGAAGGACAUGCAGUGAACAUCGCAGAGCUGGAGACUCACUUCACAAGCUACCUGCCCCCGACGGUUCGCGCUGCUACUGCAGUGAUUCAGUCGGCGGAAGGCCAGAAUGACCAGCCGGAGCUAAUUGUUCUUCUUCAGCCACGGGCUUCUAAAGAGAAGACUGUUGAAAUCAUGUUCGAGAAACAUGAAAUUGGAUCAAAGGGCUGCAAAGCCACAACUUGUACAGCCGUCACUUCUAGCCUGGCUCUAGGAUUGAAGAAGCUCGACAAGUUCAUUCGUGAUUCUCUUCCUACCUACUUGGCUCCCUCGGCAUAUGUGGUGAUUGAGGAAUUCCCUGAAGAGUCCGAAGAGGUCGACUACCAAACUGUUCUCAACCAGCUGGCUACCAGCAUUCCCACUCAUGUUCUCGAGAAACUCCGAGAAGGCUUCCAGGAAGCAUGGAAGAAGACUUCUGCCCAAGCCAACCUGACUCCCAAGGAGAACAUCCUCCGAACAGCCUGGGCGAAUAUCCUCCGCAUGGAGCCAAAGAAGAUCGAUCUCGAUGACAACUUCUUCCGUCUGGGUGGUGACUCAGUCCUAGCUAUGAAGCUGGUCUCCAGUCUGCGCGCACAAGGACACGGCUUGACUGUGGCAGAUAUCUUCCAGCACAUGCGCCUUGGAGACGCUGCACGUGUCUUGAAGCUCGAUCAAGCUUCUCAGCAGAACAUCAAGCCCUACAAGCCCUUCUCGACCCUGGACCAGUCAAACCUCGACUCAUUCAUCUCCGACAUUGUCCGCCCGAAGCUGGCUAAUCCCCAGUGGUCCAUUCACGAUGUCACCCCGGUGACCGAUUCCCAGGUAGUGGACAUCAAGGCUACCGUUAACACCCCUCGGACCGCCAUCCAGUACACCAUGCUCUUCUUUGAGGAGGGUGUCGACCGGGAGAAGCUGUUCCAUGCUUGCGACAAACUCAUCAAGACCCACGAAAUCCUGCGCACAGUUUUCAUCGAACACGAGUCUAAAUUAUACCAAGUUGUUCUGAACGAGAUGGAAACACCCUUGACUAAGCACCUGGCAGACGAGGACCUCGAAAAGUCCGUCAAGGAAGUCUGCGCCGCCCACGUCGAGCUGGAUUUCAAGCUCGGCUCAUCAUUCCUGCAGGUAAUUCACGUGGAAGGCCGAAACGGAAGCGACUGUCUUAUCCUCGGUCUGUCUCACGCCCAGUACGAUGGUGUUUCCCUUCCCAAGGUUCUCGAGGACCUCGAAACAUUCUACAUCGGCGGUGAACCCGCCGCUCAUGUGCCAUUUUCCGUGUAUAUGGGUCGGGUCUCUGAUGAGCGUGUCCAGAAGACCGCCACCAACUACUGGGGUAACCUCCUCAGGGGUUCCUCGCUGUCCGUCCUCGAAGGAACAUCAGUCAAGCCCGGCGACAAGGGCGUGUUCAAGACCAAGACAGUUGAGCAUGCUCAGCCACUGGAAUACAUAACUACUGCCACCCUCCUUACAGCAGCCUGGGCCUUGGUACUGGCGCGUCGUCUCCGCAAAUCAGAUGUCACGUUCGGAGGUGUCACAUCUGGUCGAUCGAUCGAUUUGCCUAACGUGGAGAAUAUCGCUGGUCCUUGUUACCAGCUCACACCCAUUCGUGUCCUCUUCGAAUCCCACUGGACGGCCAUGGAUCUUCUGCAAUAUGUACAGAAGCAAAGUGCCGAGUCGGCCGCGUAUGAUUUCCUCGGGUUCGAGAAGAUUUCUCAGCAGGUAGGCUGGUCGACGGGCCAUUUCUAUGAUUCUCUUGUUCAUCAUCAGGAUUGGGAUGAUUUCGAUACCAUGCCUUUCGCUGGCGGAAUUUGCAAGGUCGAUAUUUUGAAUCCUCAUGGUGAUUCCCCUUACCCGAUGAAGGUUGUUUCGUUUGUGAAAGAGGGUAAGGUGAAUGUUGGUCUUGUUGGGAGUGAGAAUGACUCGCUGUUUGUUGACGAGGCUUUGGAUGAGUUGGCUGCUACUGUGCAGGAGUUGAGUGGUCAGAAGGUGGAAGCCUUGCUUGAUGCGGAGAUUUUUUAA